AUGGCUACGAACAUUACCUGGCACGAAGGACUCACUCACGAUGAGCGGAGCAAGUUCACGAAACAAAAGGGCCUUACCAUCUGGUUCACUGGUCUGAGUGCCUCGGGAAAGAGCACCAUCGCUACUGCCCUCGAGCAGCAUUUGUUGCACCAGGGAGUCAACGCCUAUCGGUUGGACGGCGACAACAUCCGGUUCGGGCUGAACAAGAACCUUGGAUUCAGUGAAGCGGACCGUAACGAGAACAUCCGCCGAAUUGGCGAGGUCGCCAAGCUGUUUGCCGACUCCACCACCGUCGCCAUUACGUCGUUCAUUUCCCCGUACAAGCAGGAUCGUCUGCAGGCCCGCAAGCUCCACGAGGACGGGAAUCUUCCGUUUGUUGAGGUGUAUGUGAAUGUUCCGGUCGAGGUUGCCGAGCAGCGGGAUCCGAAGGGACUGUACAAAAAGGCGCGGGCUGGAGAAAUCAAGGAGUUUACGGGCAUCUCUGCUCCUUACGAGGCGCCCGAGUCGCCUGAAAUCGAAGUCACACACCAGCAGACUGUCGAGGAGAGCGUCGCGGCCAUCUACAGGUACUUGACAGAAAACAAGCUGUUGUAA